UGCGGGCGGUCGUGUGCAAUUUCCCUUACCGCUUCUUUCGUGCAAAUAAUGUUUUUCCCGUCUCCGGAUAUUAGGGUUGGGUCGCUGUUGCUUUUAAUGACUGGUAUUGCUUUUUGGUUCCGUUCUCCAUCCUUGUAACCAUGGCACCUGGCACGUUAGACUGGCGGUAGCAAUGAGGAAUGUUGAUGAAGUGCAAGUGUUUGUGUAUUUCCCUCAGAGAACGAGGUGCCCAUAAAGCAGUUGGGCGGCGAGGUUGCAGAGCAGAUUUAUGACUUCGAGCAAACGAGUUCAAGAUAGAAGCAGGAUGAAAAGGGUACACGAUCUGGAAUUAGUGACAGAGUAGUGGAAAAUUUUGUCCAAAGUGAUGACUGAUGACAGUCAUGGAGGUGUUGAAGCAGGAGCCAGAGAUGAUCAUCCCGGUCAGGAACCUUGAGCAGCAUCGCCAGCGGCUUAAUCUACUUAGGCCCAACAGAAUCUCUGAUUUUCUCUGCAAUUCCCUUAUGCCUUUUGAAUUGUACAAGGAUCAGAGAGGGGUCAUGAUGAUGUCUGAUGAUGUCUGGGGAUAAGCGGCUGCCAUUAGACAAAAUUGCUACCUUCAGAAGAGAUUGAUUUUGGUCUGCAGAUUGAUUUUAGGGCCGAUUUGGUGCAUAGGUAUCCAGAAUCUCUUAAGGUUAAAAAGCCUGCUGAUGGAGGUGAUUAUUUGGAGCUUGUGUAGUGGAACCCAGCUUGGGCUAUCACUCAGUUAGAGAAGAAGGUGUUGGGAUUAACUGAAGCAAAUAAUCACAGGCCUGGGGUGUUCUCAGUGGCAUUUCCUUCCGAAUUUCCUCCCGGUUUCAAAAAGGUUGAGCCCUUCCAGAAAAUGCCUUAUCUGUCACCUUACGCAGAUUCUAAGGAGCCUACCGCAGGGUCGAGAGAAUUUGACAAGAGGGCAGUAGCUAUAAUGCAUGAGCUACUUAGCUUUACUGUUGACAAAAGGCUGGUUACGGAUUACCUUACUCACUUCCGUCGGGAAUUUGUAAUGCCACAAAAGUUGAUGAGAUUUCUGCUGAAGCAUUUUGGAAUUUUCUCCGUGUCUGAGAGGGUAAAAGGUUUAGUGUAUUCUUGACAAAACAUGUGAUGGACAAGAGCUGAGUGAGAAUUGCUCAUUGGUUCGUUGGAAAGAAAGGCUCUUAAGUAUUGUUGGCUACAGAGGAAAGAAGAGCGAGGUCUGUACUUUGAGCGACUCAUUGGACAUAGAUAGAGGCUACUCAUACGAUGGAAAAUGAUUCUCCGAAAAUGGAAACCUGGUCUUCCAAUACGACGAAGAAGGGGUACUGGAUGGUCUGAAACACACUUUGCUUGCACAAGAUCAUGUGAUGGAACUGGGGUAGAUUGUCAGUGUGUACAUGGAUGGUGACGCUUCUUCAGCGUAGUGACAUUAAAUUGUUGGGGGCUUUGGAUUUCACUUGGUUAGAUAGUGAGUAUAGUUCACUAAUGACUGACCUUCAUUCUGUUUUAAUCAAUUUGAUGCAGAACCUAUAGAUCAUUUGCUUCUUCACUGUGAAUUCUCAUAGCAGUUGGGGUGCAGAGCUCCUUAUCCAUGGACUAUUGCCAAGAAUUGUCCUUGGUAAUGAUCCCCUAUUGUCAAGAUCAUAAAUCUUCUUUUGACAAAAAGAGGGCCACUAAGCUAGUAAACUAUGGCUCUUCCUUGUGGUUUUUUCUCGGUAUUCCUGGUCAGAAUGAAACAUCAGAAGCUUAUUGAUAAGCAUUGUUCUGUCAUGCAUCGGAUUGGUAAGGUCAGUUUCUCGGCUGUUUAAGGGGGGACACAAAUGACAGGAGGGGUCUAGUCAGGAAGAAUCUCGUAGAUGGAUCCAUAAUUUGCUUCUUGUGCAAAGGCGACUGAGAUUGUAACAUUAUUGCUUUGUAUGAUUGUGUAUUAGGGUCUGUGGUUGUUUGACGAUGUGCUUUUCUUUCUCUUCUCCUUGUGUCUGCCUAUUCUUUAAUUUCUUUAGGUUAAUAAUAUUAGCCAUUCAUAAAGAAGUCUUCGUUCUUUUUCUGUUCUUUUUUGGGUAAAUAAAUAAAGUUCUACAAUAUCUGUUAUAUCUCCGCCCUUUUGGACAGUUAAUUCUAUUCUAUAGUUUUUCAAUGCUCUGUAUAAGUCUGCUUCGUGUUAAGUUUGUUUGACCUUUGUGCAAAAACAUGCAGGCUAGUCUUUUAUCCAUCUGUUUGAGUUGGUAUUCCUGGAGCAUAGAUUGCACCAAUUCAAACUUUUGCGUAAAUAUGUUAGGAGGAAUAGGGAACUUGAUAGCUUUUGCUCCAAGUUUAUUACCUCUAGGCAAACUGGGAGAAAAUGAUUAUUAAUCUUACUUGAGCUAAUUAUGGAUAAGCUACUUGAUACCUUCAAAGUAACUUUCGUUGAAGGUAAGGCCACCCAGGUGGCUGGUUAGCUGAUUGUUUGUGUCUAUUAUUGGAAUGUCCUUUUGCUACAUCUAUGCAAUAAACCAACAGUUGAGAUAAGAUGGAUUCAAUUUAUCAUGCAUCCAUUGACUUUGAUGUUUUCAGUUGCGAGGACAUUGGUAUUCUUUGAUGCUUAAGCUCAAUUUGCGAACUCAAUCAGGUUUUUUGUUCCAUAUUCUUUCUAUAAGCAUGAGAUUCAUGCCAAUUCUUGCUUGUGUAUAACUUUUGCAGAAGGAUAAUUUAGUGGAAUUUUUUAACUUCUCAAUUUCAAUACUCAUCUUUAUGUAAUUCUCCUACUGCAAGUUUAGGCGCAUAAACUAUGUUCCUCCUGUCAUUUCCUCUAAUUAUACAAUUAUUUAGUAAUAUUGCUCGUCAUUAUAUGUGCAUUUUACAAUCAGGUAUUAAUACCAGUCCAUUUGCCUGCAUUUUUUGAAAAUUGAGCAGAAUAUUGUAUUUUUGGGCAUGAAGCGACUUCCAGAGUCUCUUUAAUCUCGGUAUUACCCUCUAAAGUGAUCCACAAUAGUGGCAAAACCAUGUCCCUGGACCAUGGUUACCAUCCUUGAAUAUUACACAAUCUGCACGGCCUUAGCAUGAUCCAAGACUAUGGAAAGUUUGCUCUGCGAUCCUGCUUCGAUUAAUCAUGCUGUGAAACUGGGUACAAAAUUUGUAGGGCCAAGUUCUUACGGUUAAGUGUUUUGAAGACUAUUUGGCAAUUGGCAGAGGAACAUCGGAUGGGUUAGCCAAGUUGCAUCAAGGUGCCCACAACGUUUGAAACUUUGAGUUGGCCAUUUACUGUAGCCAAAAACACAUUUAAUGUGGAUAUACGUCAGCAGCUGCAUAAUUCAUGAAUACAGCCGAAUGCUACAUUAUGAUUUAUGGCAUUCCAGAAGAUCGUCAACGGCACAGGUUAGCGUGUUUUCCUCUCUAUUAAUACUAAGAGAGUUGCAUUGUUGACCAACUUGUCUACAAUAAUUCUGAUGGCAUAUGAAAUAGCCAUGUACCUGUCUAUCCUUUUUUAGUGCAUAGCCAUAUAUCUUCAAUUCUGUCAUCUAUCUUGGUGUUGGUUAAGUGUGUACGCUGCUGUGGGGUGGUAUGGAGGCGGCCAUUUGGUCUAAUAUCAUUCAAUGGCCACAGUAAAGGUGAUGCCUCUCUGGCAAGUCAUUUCAUUGACUAUUCUCAAAGAAAUGUAGAUGUCAAGAUGGUUAGCAGCGAGAGGAGUUAAUAAGUUAAGUUAUUUUUUUGGCAUUAGUUUCUAUUGUUUGACACGUGAAUAGCUGCGGACCCGAAACUGAUCUCAACCAAAUCGACAAUGGUGAAAUCAGUUUGGAUGUCAACAUGGUUAGGGAGUUUGUUGUGCAAGCAUAUAUUAGUUUCAGCCAAUUGGCAUGUGCAUAGCUGGCAUAGUUGAAGGCUACCGGAAUCAAAAUGUCUGAUUUUUGCCUUCCACUUUGCGGACUAUAGCAUGUUCUUCAUGUUCAUCGACUCCCUAUGUGAUAAGGAUUAUGUUUUGCAGAAUUUUAUCAAUAGCAUCCCUGAGCUGGCUCGAGGCUAAAGUUGCCUUGUAGAGUAGAUGAGUAAGUAUAUACCCAGGAAAGCAUUUUACUCUGAACCAGGGUUCAUGCAGUCUUGAGUAAGGCUUGCAUCUGUAGCGAGUUGUAGUUUCGCUGGUCCAAUAAGAACUUCCAUCACCUUCUAUGAAUUAGAAAAGGGCGUCAAUCUGAUGUCACUUAAAGGAGGAUAGAGUAGCGGUAAUCUGUGAUACAGUGUAUUUUCAUCCUUGGAUUUGUUCGUGAUUGAUCCUUAUAAAAAACUGUGAAAUAG